AAACUGGAGAGUCUCAGCUUUAGACGAGUAUCUGUCCUCGCCUAGGAACAAACAUUAGACGGAACAGCCAGUAAGGAGCGCGUUUCCGGAGGAGCACUCUAGUCGACGGACCUGGUGUCCAAGCCAACGUGGCCCGGGUGGCCUGGGUGGGGAGUCUUGCCGGCAAGGCAGUAGAAUGUUCCCGUCCCGGCGCAAGUCUGCUAUGUAUCGUCGAGCGGUUGGUGGGUUCUGCUGGCUACUCGGCAUCCUGCCCAGGAAAUGCUCUCUCUUUCAACUCUUUUUCAUUGCUCUAUUGCUGGGGUUUCUCUCCCUGUUGUGGCUGCAGCAUAGUUGCUCAGGGGAUGUGGCUGGAAGUCAAAGAGCUGAGGCUACACUGCCUCAGAAACCCUGCACAUUUGAGUCUCUACCUCAGCUUCCUGAUGACCCAUCAUGGGGAACCCACCGUCUGGCAGUGUUGGUGCCUUUCCGGGAGCGCUUUGAAGAGCUGCUGGCAUUUGUGCCCCACUUACAUCACUUCCUCAGUAGGAAGAAAAUUCGCCAUCAUAUCUUCAUACUCAACCAGGUGGAUCAUUACAGGUUUAACAGAGCAUCGCUGAUCAACGUGGGCUUCCUCGAAAGUGGCAAUGACACAGACUACAUUGCCAUGCACGAUGUGGACUUGCUACCUCUCAAUGAGGAAUUGGACUACAGCUUCCCAGCUGCUGGCCCUUUCCAUGUGGCAUCGCCUGAGCUGCACCCUCUCUAUCACUAUAGCACCUAUGUAGGUGGCAUCUUGCUGCUCACCAAGCAGCACUACCGAAUGUGUAAUGGAAUGUCAAACCGCUUCUGGGGCUGGGGCCGGGAGGAUGAUGAAUUUUAUCGCCGCAUUAGAGGAGCUGGACUUCAGCUCUUCCGGCCCUCAGGAAUUACAAGUGGAUAUAAGACAUUCCAACAUCUGCAUGACCCAGCUUGGCGCAAGAGAGACCAGAAGCGCAUUGCUUCUCAGAAGCAGGAGCAGUUCAAGGUGGACCGUAAUGGAGGCUUGACUAACCUCCAAUACAGAGUGGAGUCACGUACUCGAUUGAGUGUGGCAGGAGCUCCCUGCACAGUCCUCAACAUCUUCCUAGAAUGUGACUCCAAUGAGACUCCCUGGUGCGCAUUCAGCUGAGCUGACUGUAAACUAUAGUGUCGCUGCUGCAUCAGCUGGUUACUAGAAUUGUGGUUAGACUCUCCAAAGGCAGAUUCUUCUGCAGGAACCAACAACAAGGCAUAGAUGCCUGUGGGUCCAGUGGUUAAAAGAAAGGGGCUGAGGAUCCACAUCAGGUGGCAGGUUAUAUGCAGGGCAUUGCCUCCAUGUGGAUACAGUCAAGGUGACAAUGAAUGCAAAGAUGCUGGCAAGGUAAAAUGGGCUGAGUCCCUGUUCACACUGCCUGCCAUUCAGAAGGAUGUUGACUUGGCAACUUACAUCUCAACAAACUGGGGGGAAAUUGAGACUAAGAGACAAAUCUGUGGCUGAAUCAUCCUGGCUAUAUCAGGCAGGGCUGCAACACCAUGUGGUAAAGGAGUGUGUGUGUGUGUGUGUUAGAGUUAUAGACUUCUUUGAGGGAGCUUUCUGCCCAGACUGAUACUUAAAGGACUUUACAGAAUCAGUAAUUGGUGAAAUUGUUGGAAGUUGGCUUCUCUCAUAUGCUGAAAUAUGCAUAGAGACCUGUUCUCCCGCUAAGUGGACAUACUUUGGCUCAAAGAGUAGCAUCACUUACCGCCUUACCUAAGCUCAUCAAGGUAAGGGAUCUUGCUGUUUGGCUCUUUGGGACUGUAAAAGUUGUUGGCUUGUUCCAAUAAAGCUAUUAAAACAAGUGGCUCAUGGAGGGAUAUCAUAGAAUGUGUAUGUGAGUGCAUGCACAUAGGUGUUGCUGUAAGCAGCAGGAGGUUUUUUUGAUUUGCAGCUUCUCCCUUUUCCUGCCCAUGCAACUUUCUAAUUCUGCAAUCCAAAAUCCAGCUCUAAACCCAUUCUGAUCUAUGAUUAGCUUUGAUCUUGCCUGGCCCUUCUUAACACUAAAGAAACUUACCACACAUGCAUACCCAUAUAUUGUCUGAAUAUGAUGCAUUUGUACACUCUGGCUAUUCCAAUAAGUCUUCUUCAUCAAGAGAGAGAGAGACAAAGUCAAACUCCCAACAUCAGGAACCCAGGCCAAAACACCUACGAAAGAACUGAUAGCUCCUAUGCAGCUGCAUCCGGCAUCUGUGGAAGUGCCUGGUCGCAGAGCUGGGUGUGGCAGUACUGGUGGUCUGCUGAAGGCUCACGGUAGACAUAUGAAGGGUCUGUGCCCGUGGUGGGAUGUCACUGGGCCCUGCAACAUGGAGAGGUGGAAGAGAUGCUUGCCAAGCCUCCAUAGAAAUGCCUGCUGCCUCUGGAUUCCUCUCCUCUUUCAGAGGCUUAGAUUUUUUCUUGGGCUGUUGGGUAAAUAUGCUGCUGAACUGUUCCAAGGUACUUGGAUGUUCAGACUGACUGGUAUAAGCUGUAUUGGCUGCCAGGUUCAUAGCAUCAGGGAAAAGUUCCUUGUAGUCCCAUGAGAUGAGCUUUUGCAGCUGAGUUUUGGAUGUAGCUUUUUUCCCAGCAGAUAUUGCUGUAAGGGGAGGAGCCAAAGGGUUACACAGUUGUGAUUUUUUGGGCCUAAAAGACAGUUUCUGCUUAACAAAACCUUACUUUAAUUGUUUGCAGCUGAGAAGAUGAUGUUUGAGUACAUGUGACAUCAUAGAACUGUGUGAAAAAAUAUCUCAUAAUAAAAGACGUGGAUGUCUUAAGGAACCUGUUUCCUGAAUCGACUACACAGUGCAGGAUCUGAAUUUUUUAAAAUCAGACACCCCUCUUCCAUUAGAUACAGGGAAAUCAAAACUAACUUUCAGCAGGCGUUCCAGUGUUGUGUCCUCAGCAACUUCCUGUUCCUUCCCCUGAUGUCUUGCCUUUUAAAUGUGCUGGCUCCCACUCUGUCUGCUUCUGUACUAAUGUAGUCAUUGUCUAAAUCUUACAAACAAUCCAUUGUGUAGUCAAGUAAUACUAAUCUGUAUAACUUAUUCUGAGUGCCAAAACUAAGUUCCCUUAGCACAUAUUUCCCCACC